CUUGACAUAUAUGUCUACAAAUCAACUUGUCACACAUGCUUCAACACACCACCAACUAUAUGGGCAAACAUGUUUUCUUGUUUCUCAUCCAUUUCUUGCUCAUUUUUUCCUCUUUAUCUCAUGCAUCAAAUUCUUCAUGUCCCAUAGAUUAUAACUAUGUCGACGCUUACCCAUGGGACGCGUCAGACUGCACGACGGCCACCACUGCAACAGACAGCUGUUGCAUUUCUCUCCGUAACCUAUUCGCCAUCGGGCUUUCUUACCAUCUUAAAAAAUCCAAACAAUUUUAUUUUCCAAACCUCCAAACCUCAAAUUCAUGUGUCUCAGAUUUCCAGUCUCACCUCUCUUCAAUAUCUAAAGUCAAACAAAUUUCCUUCUCAAGUUGCUUCAAUUCUACUGCUUACUUUGUAAACAGCCCAUUAGAUUGCUUAGGGAUAGUUAAUGUCUCAGAUUGGAUUGAUAAAGUUGGGCCAUCCACUGGGCUUGAUUCUUCUUGUGAUGGAAAUCUGGCCCAAGCUAUCCCAUGUAGAAAUUGUUUUGAAGCUGGAUUGGCUUUAAAUUCUCGGCUAGGAUCUUUGACCAAAAACUCGACUAAAUGUUUUAGUUUUAUUUGUCUAUAUGCUGCUGGAAUUAUCAAUAAAUUUGGCCCUGAAGACCCUGGAACGGCUGAUUGCAUACUUGGUGUAACUUUGUCCAAGACUAAACCAAAAUCUAAUAAAAAUUCAAAGAAAAAUGUCAUUUUCGCGAUUUCAGGUGCUUUAGUGGGGAUUUUCUUUGUGCUUGGUGUGAUUUUGGGUUAUAAGAGAUGGAAUAACAAUAGGAAAGAAAGUCAAUUGCAUAGAGAGAAUGUAAGAAAUGUAAGAGCUCGAGUUUUGCCUAACUCGGGUGCCAAAUGGUUUAGUAUAGAUGAGCUUGAUGUUGCUACAAAUGGAUUUUCGCAACAAAAUUUAAUCGGUCAAGGUGGAUUUGGGGUUGUUUAUAAAGGAAAGCUUGUGGAUGGAACAGUUGUAGCUGUUAAAAAGAUGAUGACUUUUGAUACAGAAGCAGUAGAUGAUGAUUUUGUUAAUGAGGCCGAGAUUAUUAGUAAGAUAAGGCAUAGAAAUCUUUUGCCUUUAAGAGGGUUUUGUGCAACAAGUGAUUCGAUUAAUGGAAAUGAAAGGUACCUUGUUUAUGAUUUUAUGCCAAAUGGUAGUUUAUAUGAUCAUCUAUUCAAUGAAAAGUCUUCAAACAUGAAAAGGUUAAGUUGGACCCAAAGAAAAUCAAUUAUUCUUGAUGUGGCUAAUGGGCUAUCUUAUUUGCACAAUGGAAUUAAGCCCGCGAUAUUUCAUCGCGAUAUAAAGGCAACAAAUAUUCUUUUGGACUCGAACAUGAGAGCCCUGGUUGCGGAUUUUGGAUUAGCUAAACAAAGUGGAGAGGGGUUGUCCCACAUGACUACGAGAGUGGCAGGGACAUACGGAUAUGUAGCCCCAGAGUAUGCCCUAUAUGGGCAGUUGACUGAAAAGAGUGAUGUUUAUAGCUUUGGGAUCAUCGUUCUCGAGAUCAUGAGUGGGAGAAAGGUACUUGAAGAGGUGAAAGGAAGGAUAGUUUUGAUUGCGGAUUGGGCAUGGGAGAUGGAGAAAUUGGGUCGAAUUGAUGAGGUUUUUGAGAGUUCAAUGAGAGACAAAUCAUUACCUAAGAGUGUGAUGGGUAGAUUUAUAAGAGUUGGGUUACUUUGUGCUCAUACAAUGGUUGCACUUCGACCUACGAUUUCACAAGCUCUCAAGAUGUUGGAAGGUGACAUCGAUAUCCCACGUUUGGUGGACCGACCACCACCUCUCGGUGAGUCUGCUAGGUCGAGUUUCCAUCAUAGCAACAACUUAUUGUUGUCGAGUAGUGAAGCAUCCAGGGCCAGUUCAAGCCUCAACACUUGAAUUUGAGCCAAGAACCAUUAGAUAGCAUAUUUCAGAUGUCAUAUUGUUAUUGUAUAAAGUAUUCAUUAGUCAUUUGAUUGAUUGUAUAGUUUUGUACUCUUUAAAGAAAACAAAUGACGGGUCUUUGUAAAGUUGUGCCUGAAAUAGAUAGGUACGUGCUAA